AAAACAGCUGAUUUAAGAUAACGGAAGUCUUAGAAUAGAGAAUCUCAGAAUAGAGAAAAUGUUUUUACAAUGGCAGCACGAUAAAAAGAAAGAGACAUUGUAUGUACAUUGUACCGUGUCCUUCCUAUCGUGUUGUUGCUGCUUCAAAUCACAUGUGAUACGCAUUCUUGUCACUAGGAAUUAUCGAUGAUAUUUUCAUCGUCUUUAUUCUAUACUUUAUGUCGCGUGUUGCCAGUCAUUACAGUAGACAUCGAUAAUGUAAUAGGAAAAACCUGAUUUUAUAAACAAUGUCAAAAUUCAACAGAUUACUCUUUCUUUAUUCUUUAUCGUCUGUUAUCACUUCAGCUUUAACUGUGACUUCAACUGUUUGUGAAGUACCUGAUCGUGACUUAAGUUAUAUAUAUAAUUUAACAAAAUUAUCAUUAAAUAAAGAAGAUAUCAUUAUCGAAAAUGAUUAUACAAAUGAAACAAUACAUAUGCAAUUAUGUUCGCCAUUAAAAAAAAAAUGCAACAAUCAAGAUGGAUAUGCAAUAUGUUUAAUAAAGAAUAACACAGAAAAGGGAAUAGGCAAAUUUCCUCCUGAAGUUGAUAAUAGAUCUGGAAAAAUAUUAUUUAACUUUACUGGUGACAAUUGUUUGUUUGAUAUCAAGUAUAAAGUGCAAAUCAUUAUGCAAUGUGAUUAUGCCGCGGAAAAUAAUUCGCAUCCUAAGUUAUCUUCAUAUGUGGACAAACAAUGUAACUUAUUCAUCUCAUGGAACACAACAUUAGCUUGUGGACCAAGAUUACAAACAAAUUGUACAGUUGUCAAUAAUGGUUAUCAUUACGAUUUAAGUCCUUUAACAAGGUCUUCAAAUAAUUAUGUUAUUCACAUAAACAAUGAGAAAAAAUCACCUAAAAUAGUCUUAAAUGUCUGUCAAUCUAUAAUACGUCAAUAUGCUAUGUGUCCAAUUAAGUCGGGCGCUUGUCUAGAUGAUCCUGAGAAACCAAAGAGAUAUUCAAGUUUAGGAGAAGUACAAAAACCUCUUUUCUUCAAAGAUGAAUAUUUACAAAUAGAAUAUCAAGAUGGUGCGGUGUGCCUCCAAAAUAUUAGUACUCCACACAUUAAAACAACCAUCAAAUUUGUGUGUCAUUUUGAAGCCACGGAGACUAUUCCAGAAUAUGUUGGAGGAAGAGAUGACUGUCAUUAUCAGUUAGUAUGGUAUACUGCUGCAGCGUGCAGCAUUGAGUCUCUACGUAAUUACAGUAUCAAAACAGCAGGCAAAUGCUCUGUUACGAAUCCACUCACCAAUUUUACAUAUAAUUUCCAGUCAUUGAUGAACAGAGACUAUAUGGUCGUAAAUACAAGCGAAAAUAUAAAAUACAAAUUCAGAGUAUGCGAAGCACUUACAGAUAACACAUGCGGAAUUGGAAUAGGAAUAUGCAAUUCAAAAUACAGUACAUCACUGGGUCAAGCUAACACAAAUUUAAUAUGGCAGCAGGGUGGCCCUUAUUUAAAUUAUACUAAUGGUAAAUUAUGCGAUAAUGGGCUGCAUCAUUAUACAGUUAUCGGAUUUUUUUGCGGACCGGAAGGAUCGUCCAAUCAGCCGCUGCUUAUGGAAGACUCUCCUUGUCAGACUGUUAUACACUGGAACAUAAAUCUAGCUUGUGAGAAAAGAAUAAAAUGUGCAACUAGUAAUGACGAUGAAAUUAACUUAACUCCUCUUAUACAAUCUACAAAUAAUUACAUCGUAAAAGUCAAUGGUACUGAAUUCCAUAUAAAUAUAUGCCGACCACUAGUUGCCACUCGAGGUCUUACAUGUGCACAUGGUAGUGCUGCUUGUAAAGUCUCAGUAAAUUCAAAGAAUGAAUAUACCAAUGAAACCAGUUUGGGAUUUCCUGAGGAUAGCCCCACAUUAAAUAAAGAUCUACAAAUAAUAUUACGUUAUACUGGUGGUUCACAGUGUCCAGAGAAUCCAGUUAAAUCGAUAUCUUCAAAUUUCACAUUUGUUUGUGAUAAUAAUAAUCAGGGACUUCCAGUAUAUAAAACUUAUGUUAAUUGUACUUAUAUGUUUGAAUGGAAUACUAGUAUAGCAUGUGGAGCAGUAAUAGGAGGCUGGACACCACCCUGUAUUAUAAAGGAUGGUUUUCUAUCGUAUGAAUAUGAUCUUUCUUUGUUAUAUAAAAGAGAACAAAUAUACUAUGUGAAAAGCAAACAAGACAAGGAGUACAGUAUAAAUAUUUGUGGUGGAGAAAAAUAUUGUAACGGAUCCGCUGUAUGUAAUGGAGGCAAUGGUUAUGGAUCACUGAAGAGUGUAGUUUUUGAUUACAGCCGAGAUGAUGUAAAGCUCAAAUAUUCAAAUGGCAGUAAAUGUAACAACAGUUCCUAUACCUCCGAAGUAAGAUUUAUAUGUAACGAUUCCAUAGGGAUUGGUGUACCGAAACUGCUGCUGGAAUCACAGUGUAGCGCGGAAUUUGAAUGGCACACCGAAGUGAUCUGCACGAAACAUGCUAAUUCUCGAGACGCAGAUCGAGAAGAAGUACCGUCCUCCGGAAUUCUCUUAGUCUCUUCUAGUCACGCUGGAGCGAUAGCUGGCAUAGUGCUAACUGUGAUCGCGGUGUUGGCCGCUUUAAUUUAUUUCCGAAAUCCGGAGAAAAGAGCGUGCUUUCACUCAUGGAUAAAUCUGCUUAGUUUUAGAAGAGGCGCAGGCCGUGUCCAGUAUUGUAGAGUUGAUACGACUGAAGAGGCUAGGCUUUUGUUCGACGCUUCUGAUCCCACGCAGUGUCAAACGGAUAGUGAUGAUGAUCUUUUGCAUGCAUAGCGAAAUAACGAUAUAAUUUUUGUUCUAAAAUUAUAGAUUUUACCGAAUUACUGAAUUAUAAUAAUUUAUUUUCAAUAUUUUUCUGUAAAUUGUCGAAUAUAAACCAUCUUGAAAAUCAUAUGAAACAAAGUAUAAAAUUAAUACAUUCCAUUAAUAAUAUUCGUAUACUAUAAAUUCCUACCAUUUUCUUUUCAA